AUGGCUGAAAACGAAAAUGACUGGGAUUUAGGGGCAAUUGUGAGAAGUUGCAGCAAGAUGAACAACUCUGUUAGAGCUAUUGUCGAUCACGGUGUUCAUGAGGAUGACAACUCUGCUCUUGUUGAUAACAGUGUUCAUGGCGAUGGCAACUCUGUUAACACAAGUCUUUUCCAAGAAGAAAGAAAUUCUGUUGGUGAUUUUAGAGAAGCAUUCGCCGUGGAAAAGAAGCGUUACUUUGGGUUAGAUGAAGUUAUCAGUCUUGCCAAUAACCUGAAUACCAAUUCAAGAAUUGAAAACCGAACUGAAACUAUUUCAAACACACCACUCGUGAAUGUAGAACAUGAGGAGGAGAAGAAGAAGAAGAAGAAGAAGGCGAGAUACUCGAUGCAAAGUUCAACUACUGAGUCAGGCAACUUGUUUAUUUACCGCGGAAAGAUACAUGAAAGACAUGAAAUAUUGGCUGAGGAAUUGAGUAAGGUGGAUCAAUGGAGAUGGAAAAAGCAUGGGUCAAAUCAAACUGGCCGAAAGAACUACUAUACGUGUAAUGAAGUCGACGAUUGUCCAGCAAAGAGACAUAUUGAGCAAAGCUCAAAAGACCCAACCAAGGUGAUUGUAACUUACAGAGGCCAACACAAUCACCCUCCUCCUCAACAAAACAUUCCAGUGGUACACAGGAGACCUAAUGCUGCUGCACCACGGGAAAACCCAUCUUCUUACUCUUCUACCUCUACUUUGAGUAAAUUUGUGGUGAUUGGUGCAAUUCAAGGAGAACAAGUCCCCAAGACGCAAGAGAAGAUAGAGCAAUAUCUGUCCUAUUCAAAGCCUAAAAGUACCAAACUUGUACAGAACUGGCUGAUGUAG